AUGCAACUCUUCCGAGAUGUGGUGGAUGAAUGCGCUUUUAUAGACCUUGGUUUUGUGGGCUUCCCGUUUACUUGGCAUAAACACUUUGCUGAUUACACUGUUUGGGAACGGCUAGAUAGGGCUUUGGCUACAACUGAAUGGUUUAGUAUGUUUCCUAGAACAAAAGUCCACCACUUAGACACAACAGUUUCAGACCAUAAGCCAAUAUGGAUCAAUCCUGAAGGUAUGUCAACAAACUUUCAGAAACCUUUUCGCUUUGAACAAAUGUGGAUGACUGACAAGGGGUGCGGAGAGACCAUUGAAGCAGUGUGGACUGAGAAUAGCUUGGAACCGUGGGAUAUUAGAGUGCUGAAAAAAAUAGACAAAUGUGGCCAUGAAUUAUUAUGUUGGAGCAAAAGACACUUUGGUAAUGUACGACAGGAGUUGGCGAAAAAAAGAAAAGAAUUACAACAGGCAGAGAGAUUUUCGGUCCGAACUGGUGAUUCUAGAAGAAUGAGAGUACUGGAAUCGGAAAUAAACUUACUUCUUGAUAAAGAGGUACAAAUGUGGAGACAAAGGUCCAGGAUCUUGUGGCUGAAGGAUGGUGACCGUAACACUAAGUUCUUCCACAGCAAAGCUUCUCAGAGGCGCCGACGUAAUUACAUUACUAAAUUGUAUGACUCCACGGGUAGGUGGUGCACAAGCCAGAGCCAAAUAAAUGACACCAUUCUCGGGUUUUAUAGGGAUCUCUUUACAACAGUUAAUUCGGAAAACUUGGCGGAUGUGGUUGAAGUUAUUCCUCAAGUAGUCACUGAGUCUAUGAACGACACACUCACAAAGGCAUUCACCAUUCAAGAAGUUGAAGUUGCAGUGAAAGAUAUGGCACCGUUGAAAGCACCGGGCCCCGACGGCAUGCCUCCUUUGUUCUAUCAAAGCUAUUGGUCCCUGGUUGGUUCAGAUGUUUCCCACUCCAUUUUACACUAUCUGAACACAGUGGCUUUUGAAACCUUGCAUCAUAUGAGAAAUCACAAUAAAGGAAAGACAGGUUUUAUGUCCUUGAAACUUAAUAUGAGUAAGGCCUAUGAUAGAGUGGAAUGGUCUUACAUGGAGCAUGUUUUGGUGAAGAUGGGUUUUCAUAGUAGAUGGGUACACCUUAUGAUGCUCUGUAUUACAAAUGCAUCCUACUCUAUUUUGAUUAAUGGUGAACCCCAUGGCAAUAUUACUCCUACAAGAGGGCUCAGACAAGGGGAUCCCCUGUCCCCCUACCUCUUUCUCAUGUGCACUGAAGGCCUACAUGGCCUAAUCAAUAAGGCAGCCCUUAAUGGAGACAUAAGAGGAGUAUCUAUUUGUCAAAAUGGUCCUAAGCUAACCCACCUACUUUUUGCAGACGAUAGUGUAAUUUUUUGCAGGACUAAGGAAAGUGAAUGCCAAUGCCUACUUGAUAUCUUGGCUAAAUAUGAGAAUGCUUCGGGGCAACAAAUUAAUCGCACCAAGACUACUCUCUUCUUUAGCAAAUCCACAUCCGAAGAGAUGCAAGCUUCAAUCAAAUCUAUGCUUGGAGUUUCGGUCAUUCAACAAUAUGAAAAAUAUCUUGGCCUUCCAUCACUUGUGGGUCGAAAAAAGAAGGAGAGUUUCAACCAUAUCAAGCAGCAAGUUUGGAAAAGACUAGCUGGUUGGGAAGCUAAGCUCUUAUCUCAAGCGGGACGAGAGAUUUUAAUCAAAUCUGUGGCCCAAGCUCUACCCACUUACACAAUGACAUGCUUCAAACUACCACUUUCCUUGUGCCAGGAGCUUGAAUCAAUGAUAUGCAGAUUUUUCUGGGGUCAAAAGGGUGAUAAUAGGAAAAUUCAUUGGGUUAAAUGGCAAGAUUUGUGUAAACCCAAAAACCAAGGGGGUAUGGGCUUCAAAGACCUUGCUUUGUUUAAUGAUGCCCUCCUAGCCAAACAAACUUGGCGUCUACUUCAUGACACGAAUUCUUUAUUCUACCGAGUCUUCAAGGCGAAGUUUUUUCCAAAUUCUACAAUCAUGGAAGCAAAAAAUCCGGCAAACGCCUCAUACGCUUGGAAGAGUAUUUUGAAGGGGAGAGAUGUCAUCAAGAAAGGUGCAGCAUGGAGAAUAGGGUCAGGCCUAUCUGUCAAUGUUUGGGGGGAGAACUGGCUGCCUACUAAACAUAAUCCUAGAAUCAUCACGCCUGUAGUGGUUGGGUGGGAAGGUGCUAAGGUUGGAGAUUUUAUUGACCAAGGGCAAAAAAUAUGGAAGGCUGAUUUAGUUGACAGAGUUUUUUAUGAGUUUGAAGCAUCAAUUAUAAAAACCAUGCCCCUGUGUCGCACCAUUCAAGAUGAUGUCCUCAUAUGGCCAUUCACACCGAACGGAAGAUACACGGUCAAGUCAGGAUACCGGUUUUUACAGGAAGCCUCUAGAGUGCAACAACCGGGUCAAUCAUUAACUCAAGCUCUGAAACCGCUGUGGAACAAAAUCUGGACUCUUGAAGUUCCAAACAAAGUGAAGACUCUGUUAUGGAAAGCUUGCAAAAACUCCCUACCCACAAAAGCAAACCUGUUUCGGCGCAAGAUCACAACUGAUGCACGGUGUGAGAUAUGCAAACAAGAAGAUGAAGAUAUUAUCCAUGCUCUCUACCGCUGUCCAGCCUUGCAAUCCCUUGGAAAUUCCAUCCCGGAGUGGAAUCAAGGCACUCUCAAACAGAGCACAUGUUUCACUGACUUUAUUGGUUUGGUUUUUGCAGGUACAGCAAAUCUGGCGCUCUUCUCCUUGGUGAUAUGGAACCUGUGGAACCGGAGAAAUAAUCUCCGACUCGGGAAACCAACACUCCCACUGGACAAGGUGUUGGAACACUCUAGGGAGCGACAACUUGAGUCCCAUUCCAGCACCAUGACGUCCACAAAACAGGGGAGAAUGCAGGCAGCAACGUGGACUCCACCCCAAGAUAACUGGUACAAGAUUAACUUCGACGGCGCCACCUUUGCCGACGAUAACAGUGCAGGAUUGGGUGUUGUCAUACGAAACAAGGAUAGCAGAGUUAUGGCAUCUUUGUCCCAAAAAAUUCCAUUGCCAAUGUCAGUCAUAGAGGUCGAAGUCCUUGCAGCACAGAGAGCUCUUGAACUUGCUGUGGAGCUGGGCGUUAAUCACGUCAUACUUGAAGGGGACUCUGAAACACUACACAAGACUUUGUUAGAAGAUGGCAGAAACUUUUCAUCCUAUGGACAUUUAGUGCAUGACAUUGUAUAUCUCAGUAAUUUCCUUCCAGCUUUUAAAACUUCUCUUGUACGUCGCAUGGGUAAUAAGUUAGCCCACUCUCUAGCGAGGAAGUCAAAGACCCUCAAUCAUAUGCAAAUCUGGAUGGAAAAUGUGCCACCAGAUCUAUUACCUGUUGUUCAGGCUGACCUUACUAGCCUACCUUAA